GAACCGCCUGUAUUAAUAACACUUCUCACAAUCAUAAUUAAUACAUUCACCCAUGGCAAUUUGUUCUAAUUUAGUGUUACACUUACUGGUUAUCAUCCUUUUCUUGCACUUGCAAAAUCUUCUUUACACAGAUAAAGAAUUUUUAAUAAAUAAUCCCUUUUUUGUCCAAGCUUCAAACAGGUCGUUUAAAGAUAACGUAAUCAUGUUUAAUGUUAUUUCAUAAUGACUGGUAAAGUUUCUAUUCUGGAAGAAUUUUGUUUAUGCAGAUAAUAAUAAAAUCUUUAUAACUGGCCAAUUGCCUCAGCAAUCCGUUUUCUUAUCAAAUGUUAUUAUAAUCUAGAAAUAUUGUUUGUAUUACAUUUACAAAUUAGUCAACAAGAUGUUGGGCUUUUUAACGUUGCUUAUAAUAUUCAUAACUUUACUAGUUGUACUAUUUUAUACGAUUUCCAAAGAAAGGCCUGAAAAUUUCCCUCCAGGUCCUCCUAGUUUACCAAUAUGGGGUAGUUACUGGUUUCUGCUAAAAGAAAAUUACAAUUUGCUUUACCUUUCAUGUGAAACUCUGGGCAAACGCUACAAAACGGAUAUUUUGGGGUUCUUCCUAGGAAAUGCCCCGACUGUGGUCACUCUAAGUUACGAAUUAACUAAAGAAAUGUUGUCUCGAGAUGAAUUCAUGGGUAGAAACGACACUAUAAUAGUACAAACAAGAAGUAGGGGAACGCCUAAAGGAAUAUUUUUUACUGACGGUCAAAUUUGGAAGGACCACAGGAGAUUUGCUUUGCGCCAUAUGAGAGAUUACGGUUUUGGACGACGUUCGGAAAAUAUGGAAAAUCUUGCCCAUCAAGAAACUAAUUGUCUUAUAGAUUUCUUGACCAAAGAACCGUCAAAACAAGACUUGGAUGUGUGCAAGAGGAAAGGUCUUGUACUAGUACCAGAUUUUAUGUACGGAUCGCUUAUUAACACCGUAAUGUUGGUACUUACCUCGACGCAGUUUGACCACCAUAAAGUACGAAAAUACGCCAGGGCUGCUUUCCGAUUUAUGAAAAGUGAGGACUCAACGGGAGGUGCGAUUACAAUAACCCCCUGGUUGAGGUUUAUUGCACCGACUUUUUUCGGGUUUACUUCAGCAGUUGAUGAUAAUAACAUUUUGAUUGAUUUUAUGAAAGAAUUGAUAGAUGAGCACGUUAAAACGUUUUCUGAUGACCACCAUCGCGAUUUUAUCGACGACUACAUUAGUGAAUCUAUCAAACAAGGCAUUGAAAUUGAUUAUACUCAACUUGCCUUAGUAACGCUAGAUUUCAUGUUUCCAUCUCCUGUCGGAGUUGGACAUACUUUGAGCUUUUAUUUUGCACAUUUAAUAAAUCACCCUGAUAUUCAAACAAAAAUUCAAGAGGAAAUUGAUCAAGUUGUGGGGCGUUCCCGACUACCAACCCUAGAUGACAGAAAAGAUUUGCCCUAUUUUGAAGCAAGCAUUCGAGAAAAUCUAAGAUUGAUGCCAGUUACUCCUUUAGGCGUUACAAGGAGAUGUGUUAAAGACACAAUGUUGGGUGGAUAUUUUGUUCCAAAAGAUUCGAUCGUAUUGGCAAAUCUUUGGACAGCACAUAGAGAUCCGCGCAUUUGGGACGAUCCAGAAGAAUUUCGACCAGAACGGUUCUUAGAUAGUGAGGGUAAAUUAUUGAGAAAGGACUACACAAUAGGAUUUGGUGCAGGCAAAAGAUUAUGUGCUGGAGAAACGUACGCACGAAAUACUAUGUUUUUGCUAAUGUCAGGUCUUUUGCAAAAUUUUACUUUCAAAUCACCUUGUAAUAGGCCAAUUAAUCUUAAAGAAGUACUUCCUGGUGUUACAUUGUCGUUAAAAGAAACAUGGAUUUCAGCACUACCGAGAUAGGAAAAACUCACAGGAAAAAAUAAAAGAAUGAUUGAUUAGACUAUUGUUUAUUAUUAUAUUAUUUUUAAAUAAAGUGGCAAUUUAGUAAUUUCUGUUGACAAUUA